UUGGGCGACAUACUUCUGUGCAUCGUAUAGCCUACGUUUCGAGUGGCUUUUCGCCUCUGCUGAACAGCCCUCAAAUAUGCUGUCCAGGCAACUCACUAUGAUUUGAGACACGGCCAUCGUCAACAGUUAAACAUCAUCGCACUGAAGUGAUCCGCUAAGGCAGUGCAUACUGAACUUUCUGCUGCCCAUAGGAAAGUGGGACCAACAGAACAAAACGGAUAUUCACAAGUCAACCAUCAGUUUCCCUUCGUGUUAUCUCUCACAAGGACUCAACAGCAGACGGAUUUCUUUCUUCUUCGGUAAAUGAAGUCCCACCAAGUGUGGGACGGAGAAGCGACGGCGGCCUUGCUGUAGAAGAAACGCUUCAAACUUUUGCGAAUAUAAUUCUCAGUGGCUUCAAGUGACGGACUUUGAUUUUCCCAGCGGCGUGUUCGGAGUCGUGCAGGGUUGGCAGAAAUGGGAACGAGAAUACGUGCCCAUAAACUCACUCUUUUUAUCCUCCCUUUGAUGUUUACUUCGCAUCUGUUUAAUAUAGUUCAGAGCUCUAAAGUGUGGGAUGAGGUGCCCUUUCCAGAGGAAUUAGAAGAGGAAAACCAGCGGCCGAGAGGUUAUGUGGAUGAUGAAGAGUACUAUGAUCCUUCAGGAGAUAUCAGUGGAGAGGAGGAUGGAAGCACCCCCGAGCCAAGCACAGUUGAGCCAGGCAUGCCUAUAACAAUUUACUAUCGGGCGCUGGUGAACUUCACAAACUCCUUUCAGUAUGGGCCUCAACUUGAUGACAUCGACUCUCCUGCUUUUGGAGAGAUAUCAUCUGCUGUUGUCGAUACGCUUGAGUCUGACUACAACAGGAUCCCAGGACAGCAGACCGUCAAUGUGGUCCUUAUUAAGGAAAUCGGCAAAGAUGUGUUUGUGGAGCUGGAUGUCGGCUCAGAUAAUAACUUUAAUGAAACGCAGAUCAGAGAUGUCCUGUUCUCCGUGGUUAAAGAGGGAACCAUUGCCUCCUACGAUACCUCAGUAAUGGGUUUCCAAUUCAGACGGCUUGGAGAAGCUGAUACUCCUCCUCGUGUGGAGCCCAUCGUUGUGCCAGUGAUUCCGGAUGCCAGAGAAUGCUUGUCUGGCGAGUUCAGAUGUCAGGAUGGGCUGGCGUGUAUCCCUCAGGAUUAUGUGUGUGACAAGCGGCCGGACUGCAAUGACUUCAGUGAUGAAAUGAACUGUGCUGUUGUUCCUGUUCCUGUACGCCCUACUCCACCUACGCCUCCUAAAACCAGACCCCCACCCGGCCCGGGACCCUGCCGUGCAGACCAGGCCACCUGUCAGAAUGGACAGUGUAUCUCACGGGACUAUGUUUGUGACGGCGAAACGGACUGCACGGAUGGCAGCGAUGAGUUCAAUUGUGGUAGGACAAACGGCGGAACUCCGUCUCCCUGUGAACCCAAUGAGUUUAAGUGUCAGAACGGCCGUUGUGCCCUGAAACUGUGGCGUUGUGACGGGGAUAAUGACUGUCAAGACAACUCCGAUGAGAUGAACUGCCCCACUAAAGGUCCAGGGGACACAUGUGCCCCGGAGCAGUUUGUGUGUUUGGCUGACCGCACAUGCAUUCCUGCCAGUUACCAGUGUGACGAGGAGCCGGACUGUGCCGACCGCUCUGAUGAAUACGGUUGUGCACCUCCCGUUGUGACUGUCUCGCCGGAAGAGUCCAUCACGGCAGCGCGGGGAGACACUGUGACCUUUACUUGUUCUGCCAUUGGUGUACCUGUUCCCAUCAUCACAUGGCGUCUUAAUUGGGGACACAUACCAGUCAAUAGCAGAAUCACAAUGAGCAGUGAGAAUGGGCGAGGAACACUCACCAUCCGUGACGUGAAGGAAGGUGACCAGGGUGCAUACACCUGCGAGGCCAUCAAUGCUAAAGGCCUUGUGUUUGCUAUUCCUGACGGGGUCCUCAGUCUGUCUCAGAGACCAAACCCAGUUGUGUCAUCCUCUCUGUACGUGUUAGCAGGUAACUGCCGUGAUGGACACUUUAGCGUUGGCGAUCGCUGCAUGCCAUGCUUCUGUUUUGGCAUCACGAAGCAUUGUCAGAGCACCGGUCGCUACCGCAGCCAAAUCACACUGCGCUUCACAGAGGAAGAGGACUUCAAAGGAGUCAAUGUGUCAUAUCCUAGUCGUCCAGGCACCCAACCACCUCUCUCACCCACUCAGAUGUUGAUCAAUCUAGAGAGGGAGGAGUUCCAGCUAAUGGACCUGUCUCGCCGUUUCCUCGAUCAAGACUCCUAUUGGACUCUACCUCGCCAGUUCCUGGGCAACAAGGUUGACUUGUAUGGAGGUUAUCUGAAUUUUAAGGUGAGUUACUCACUGCAGCGAGGUGCACCAGAACCAAGGGAGAAACCUGAUGUUGUGCUGAGCGGCAACGGGCAGAGGUUUAUUUACCGUAGAGGCGACCCCACUUUACCAGACAUAAUCAACCAAAGACAGAUCAAGUUUACAGAGGAAAACUGGCAGCACUCCUCAGGACGAGCCGUAACUCGGGAUGACCUCAUGACGACCUUGGCCAAUUUGGAGAGCAUCCAAAUUCGCACCAUUUAUGACAACCGCAUGGUCAGUGUGGGCCUGAGUGACAUCAGCAUGGAUACCACCACCAAAGAGUUCACCCAGCAGGGGAACCCGAGAGACGUGGAGGAGUGCAGAUGUCCUGCUGGGUAUUCAGGCCUGUCUUGUGAGUCCUGCUCCCCUGGUUUCGAGCGGGUACCUGGACCCUACCUGGGCAUCUGUGCUGGCUGCAACUGCAAUGGUCAUGCCAGGGCCUGUGACCCUAUUAGUGGACAUUGCCUGAGUUGUCAGCAUAACACAGAAGGACCUCAGUGUGACAAAUGCAAGCCUGGAUACUUUGGUGACCCAAGUCAAGGACGAUAUGAUGACUGCAAACCCUGUCCUUGUCCAUACACAGAGACGUCUCGACGGUUUUCUGAUACUUGCUUCCUGGACCAUGACAAUCAGGCAACAUGUGAUGCCUGCAGACCUGGUUAUACAGGGCGACGUUGUGAGAAAUGUGCUCCAGGAUAUGUUGGCAACCCUCUUCAGCCCAACGGCCAAUGUGUCUAUGCUGAAAGCCUGAAAACCAAGUGUGAUAACAGAGGAACCAUCAAUCCCAUCAGCAAGCCAUGCUAUUGCAAGGCCAAUGUGGUCGGUUCUCUUUGCGAUGAGUGUAAGAAUGGCGCUUUUAAUUUGGCGGCUGAUAAUCCUGAAGGUUGCCUGCAGUGUUUCUGUAUGGGAGUCACUAAACAGUGUGCCAGUUCAACCUGGAAUAGAGAACAGGUUCGAGGUGGUGUCAACGGCCAGCUCUUCACACUUUCCAAUGCAGCAAAUACUCUGACCAUCUCUGAGGGCAUCACUCAGAGAGCCAGCGCAGAGGUGGUCUACCGAUCCUUCACCAGUAUCCCUAAUGACAUCUACUACUGGGUCCUGCCUCAGAAUUUUAGAGGGGACAAGGUAACAGCAUAUGGUGGAGAACUGCAGUACACAAUGCGUUAUGAGACGCAGGCUCGUUCACUAGUGAUUGAUGACCGUCCAGAUGUGGUUCUCCAAGGCAAUGGCAUCUUCCUGGAACAUUAUUCUGAGACUAAAAUACUCCCUAGAAUACCAACCACCAUCACUGUGUCUUUUAGAGAGUCUGCAUGGAGACGGUCAGAUGGACAGCCGUGUACUAGAGAGCACCUGCUAAUGGCUUUGGCUGAUAUCAGCGUCUUUAUGAUCAGAGCCAGUUAUACAUACAAUAUGGCUGAGAGCAGUAUCUCCAAUAUAGAAAUGGACAUUGCAGUGCCCCGCUCUACAGGAAACGAAAGGGCUCUGGAGGUGGAGGAGUGUGCUUGCCCUCAGGGAUACACAGGACCUUCUUGCCAGGACUGUGAUGUUGGCUACACCCGUACACCUGGACUUUAUCUUGGCACCUGUGAGAAGUGUGACUGCCACGGGCAUGCCAGCGGCUGUGACUCAGACACUGGAGAUUGCCUGAAUUGUCUUCAUAACACAGUUGGGCGCCGUUGUGAAAAUUGUCUCCCUGGUUUCUAUGGAAAUCCAAAGACUGGUGAUCCACAGGCAUGUAGACCCUGUCCUUGUCUAGGACACUCCAGUAGCCACCCUUCAUCUUGUUACUUGGACUCAGAUGGACAGCCCACAUGUGAAUGUCCUGCUGGUUAUACUGGGAGACGCUGUGAAAGAUGUGCCCCAGGAUAUACUGGCAAUCCCCAACUUGGACAAAGAUGCACUCAAGGCAAUGGUAAUGGUGAUUGCUACCGCUGUGACCAAAGUGGUAGCGAAGGAUGUAGUUCAAAUGGAAUCUGUCGCUGCAAGAUGAACGUUGAGGGGUCAACCUGUUCCACUUGCAAGCAAGGGACCUUCUACCUCAGUCCUGCUAACAAAGAUGGCUGUCUGUCCUGCUUCUGCAUGGGCGUCACCCAGCAGUGCUCCAGCUCCAGACAUUAUAGAGAUGUGGUUUCCACCAUUUUCGCACCUGGCAACUACCAAGGUUUUGCGCUUGUAAACCGCCAGCGCACCAACCGCAUUGACAAUGGCUUCUCCAUAGAGCUGUCCACAGAUGGAACACAGCUCUCCUACACUAACUUUAACUAUCUCGGACAGGAGCCCCACUAUUGGCAGUUACCCAAAGCCUAUCAGGGAGACAAGAGAGACUCAUCAUGGAAAAAGGACCAACUGAGAAAGGACGUCGCUGUAUGGCAGCUAAUGAAUGAUAUGGGUAAAGACCUCUUAAGGUCCAAAAGAGCCAUUGAGCACCCUGCUGAUGAAGUACGCAAACUUGAUGAUGAAAUCUGGGCAGUCAUCACUAAUUUCUCCAAUGGGCAGUCUCCCUUCCCUUUCUCUUCAUCCUCUCAAACUUCCCAUUCUUCAUUUGAGGCCCAGAGUUCUCUGUCUCGGUCAAGUGUGCGUGCCCCUUCUUUCCAUUCUGAUUUAACUUCCUCUUUGAGGGACUCUGAGUCCCUUUCAAACGACCCAGGCCAUUUCUCUCACCCUGACCUAACUCAGCAGGUGCAACAGGGAAAAAACACUGUUGCGCUCCCUAGAGGUCCACGGCCUGGCCCUUCUAACAAGUAUGUUUUGGUCUACAAUGGUUUCAGCUUGCACCCAGAUGACGUGCUCUUCUGGCAGCUCCCGGAGAAGUUUAAAGGGGAUAAGGUUGGCGCAUAUGGUGGAAAGCUGAAAUAUACCAUCUCCUAUGUGCCAGGACCCCGAGGUUCUCCAAUAGAAGAUGCUGAUGUUCAGAUUAUUGGUAAUGACAUCACACUGGUGGCACGCCAACCAUGGAGAAGAGGGCAAGGAGCACGAGAGUCACGGGACUUUGAGAUUGUUUUCAGAGAGGAACACUGGCAGCGUCCCGAUGGCAUGCCGGCCACCCGGGAACACCUGAUGAUGGUGCUCGCGGACCUCGAUGACAUCUUGAUCCGUGCCUCGUAUCACACAGAGAUGCGCUCAUCAAGUAUUUCUGGGCUCCGCAUGGAUAUCGCUGUGCCCGAGUACACUGGCCUGGCCCAGGCUUUGGAGGUGGAGCAGUGCCAGUGUCCUCCUGGUUACCGUGGUCUGUCCUGCCAGGACUGCGCUCCUGGAUACACUCGUACAGGAGGAGGCUUGUACCUUGGCCACUGUGAGCCAUGUGAGUGUAACGGCCACUCUGACUCCUGUCACCCAGAGACUGGCAUCUGCACGAACUGCCAACACAACACCAAGGGUGAGCUGUGUGAACAGUGUGCAGACGGCUUCUUUGGAGAUCCAACUGCUGGAACCCCUGAGGACUGCCAAGCAUGUGCCUGUCCCGGCACUGACCCCGACAACCAGUUCUCUCGUACCUGUGAGAGUCUGGGUAACGGAGGCUACCAGUGCACUGCCUGUCAGCCCGGCUACACCGGCCGGUAUUGUGAACGCUGUGCGUCCGGAUAUGUUGGAAAUCCACAAGCGAGAAUCCCCUGCCGUAGUGUUGCUGCGUCUCUAGUGGUGAAGGUGUAUCCAGAAAGGGUUCAGAUGGCACAGGGGCUUCCAGUCACUCUCAGGUGCCAGGUGUCUGGAUAUCCACCUCACUAUUUCCAGUGGUCCCGUGAGGAUGGACGGCCAAUCUCCAGCACGGCAGAGAGACGCAGACAAGGAGAGGAGUUGCAUUUUCCCAGUGUGCAGCCCAGUGAUGGUGGCAUCUACAUCUGCACCGGCCGAGACCAGCGCAGCACCAAUAGAAGCAAAGCAGAGAUUGUUGUUACAACCAUACCAUCCAAACCUAUUGAAGUCUUUAUCGAGGAGCCCAAAAUACAGAGAGUGGUGGUGGGAUCUACAGUGAGCUUCAUCUGCACAGCCAAAAGCAAGCUGCCAGCGUACACCCUGGUUUGGACCCGCAAAGGCAACGGCAAGCUGCCUAACCGGGCCAUGGAUUUCAAUGGAAUCCUGACCAUUCAGAACGUGCAGCCCGAGGACGCAGACAACUAUGUUUGCACGGGCUCCAAUAUGCUUGGCAUGGAUGAGGGCACGGCCGAACUCUAUGUCCCAGAGGCUUCUCAGUCACAGAUGUUUUACACUGCCUAUGAGAUGUUUGAAGGACAUAGAAAGCCUACUGAAGGGGCCCAGCCGGUGGCCACAAUAAAUCCACCUGUGCUGACAGUCCAACAGGGCCAGCGGGCAGAGUUCCGCUGCACAGUGACUGGCAACCCCACCCCUGCUGUGGAAUGGAUAGAAGGUCCCGGGAACCGAAUCAGUUCAAAAGCUGUAAUUCGUAAUGGGCUGCUGACCAUCCCAUCUGUGGAUCGCUCGGAUGAGGGCGAGUACAUCUGCAAGGCUCUGAACACACAUGGCGAACACACAGCCCGGGGAGUUCUUCAUGUUCAAAGUACAAGUCAACCUCACGGUCUACCCCACGUACAAGUGAGCCCUCCGCGGGUGGAAAUUCACGAGGGUGAGACUUUGCGGUUGUACUGUAGGGCCGUUGGCAAUCCCACUCCUGGCCUCACAUGGAAGAAGAGAGGUGGUUCACUGCCGCCACAGGCAAUUCCUUCUCACGGUUUCCAUCAGUUUAAAAGCAACAGUCUCGAUGUGUUACAGAGACGUAUUGAGGAGCUACAGGCCCGCGUGGAGCGCACUGACAUCGGCACUCUCCUCGUACCCAAUAUCAGGUCGUCUGAUGCAGGCACAUAUCUCUGUGUUGGAACUAACACUGUUGGUUCCUCAGAAGCUCAUAUUGAGGUCUCUGUAAAAAGAGGAGAAAUCAUCCCCUCUGGAGUCACCAUCCAGCCUUCUAUUGCUUCUGUAAUGGAGGGAGAGACUCUGGAUCUUAAUUGCAUCGUCCCAGGAACCUCUCCAGCAUCUGUCAAAUGGAGCAGGGCAAGCGGCCUGCUGUCAUCCAAUCAUCAGGUUUUAGGAGCUCAGCUGCGGAUCCUGCAGGCCUCUGCAGAUGACACUGGAGAAUAUAUCUGUCAGGUGGACGACGGCCCAUUCCCCCGUCAGGCUUCUGUAUCAGUGUCUGUGUUGUCCAGCUCGUCCCGUCUCCAGAGCCCCAUUAUCUCCAUUGAGCCACACAGCGCAGCAGUGAAGCAGGGUGAGUCUGCGAGCUUCAGGUGCAGGGUCCACAGCGGAGCCCAGCCGGUGCGCUUAGAGUGGAAACCCACCAACAACCUACCUCUGCCAGAUAACGUGAAGAUUGGUCUUGACAAUUCACUCCUGACUAUUACCAAUGCCCAAGCCAAAAACAAGGGCGCCUAUCGCUGUGUGGCCAGCAACCUGUUCGGAAUGACCCACAGCAUAGCUUCACUCAUCGUGAGAGAAUCUCCUAAGGCUGUAGUGACCCCUGCAGGACCGCUGCGAAUCAGGGUGGGCGAUCCCAUCAAUCUCGAAUGCCAGGCCGCUGGAGAGCCAAGACCCUCUGUCAGAUGGCACAGACUAGACAACAACCGCAAAACGAUUCUGAGCAGCCCCGUUCCCGUCGAUUCCAGUGCUAUCAUGCAGAUCUUAGUUGCACGGCCGGAAGACAGUGGCACGUAUGUGUGCACUGCACAGAACAACCAGGGCACAACUGAAACUCGAGUAGAGGUGUUUGUUGAAGGAGGGUCUCAGGUGCCCACUGUCCCCCGUGCCAGCGUCCGUGAGCCUAUGAUAGUCGUAGUAGAGGGAUCAACUGCAACACUUCAUUGCGAAGCCCAUGGAUUCCCAAAGCCCACCAUCACGUGGUCUAAAGAAAGGUCUUCUCUGCCUUGGAGACACAAGAUUGUUGACAACAGCCUGGUCUUACCAAAUGUGGGCCGUCAGGACUCUGGUCAAUAUGUCUGCAAUGCCACAAACCACAUGGGCACCAGUGAAGUCACCAUCAUGCUGGAAGUAGACACCCCACCCUAUGCCACUUCCUUGCCCGAUGACGUGUCCGUGCGAGUGGGUGAAGUAAUCCGCCUGCAGUGCCUGGCCCACGGCACCCCGCCCAUGCGUUUUGAGUGGACUAAGGUCAAUGGCAGCUUGCCUCCUACUGCUCAGCAGCAAGGAGAAGACCUCCAGAUCAACCUGGCCAAGGAGAGCGAUGCUGGGACAUACAAGUGUGUGGCCAGCAAUAAGGUUGGCAAGAGUGAAGCGCUGGCCAGAGUCUCUGUCCGAUCACCCCUGUCAGUGAAAGUGUCCCCUCAGGUAGAAGUGAAGGCUCUGGGCAGCGCUGUGGAGUUCACCUGUGCUGCUAAAGGAGGGUCUCACACUGAGAUUGAAUGGUUGAAGGAGGGGGGAGCUCUUCCGCCAAAUCAUCACAUUAAAGACGGAGUGCUCAGAAUCGAGAACCUUGAACAAAGCAACGAGGGAAUCUACACGUGCAGAGCUACAAGUCUGUUUGCUCAGGCUCAGGACAGUGGCAAACUCACCAUUCAAGCUCUGCCCAAAGUGAUGAUCAAUGUGCGCACAUCAGUACAGACGGUGAUGGUGGGCAGCUCAGUGGAGUUUGAGUGCCAUGCGAUCGGGGAUCCUGAGCCCACGGUGCGCUGGAGUAAAGUGGGAGGCUCUCUACCUGAUCAUGUGGAGAUAAAGGGGAACAUCCUGAGGAUUGAUCAUGUGGUCGAAUCAGAUUCAGGACAGUACCGCUGCACAGCCACUAAUAAUGUUGGCUCGGAGUAUAACCAGGUGGUCCUUAAUAUCCAGUCCUUGCCUCAGAUUUCUGCACAGCCUGAGUCAAAGGACGUAACCAUUGGCUCUGAUGCGGUCUUGCCUUGCAUUGCAUCUGGAUACCCAGUCCCAACCAUCACAUGGUCAAAGGUGGAGAAUGAGUUGCCCCCUAAGUGCAGACAGGAUGGCCAUGUCCUGACAGUCCCUGGGGUCACACACACAGAUGCAGGAACGUAUGUGUGUACAGCUGCUAACAAGCAAGGGAAAGUCGAGGCCUUCACCAGACUCGUUGUUCAUGAGAGAGUCAUGCCCUAUUUUACCCAGGAGCCACUCUCUUACCUCACACUCCACACUAUCAGAAACGCCUACCAUGCAUUCAGCAUCAAAAUAACCUUCAGGCCGGAUAAUGUUGAUGGGCUCAUUUUGUAUUCGGGUAUGAUUCUAUAUAAUGGACAAAAGAAGACCACCGGUGCUGACUUCUUAUCUUUUGGAUUGGUUGGGGGCCGUCCUGAAUUCAGGUUUGAUGUAGGCUCUGGUAUGGCAACCAUUCGUUACCCUACUCCCAUUAAACUGGGCGAGUUUCACACAGUCAAGCUGUACAGGAACGAGACUCAGGGCUCUCUUGUUGUGGAUGGAGAAGCUCCUAUAAAUGGAACCUCACAGGGAAAAUUCAAGGGUCUGGAUCUGAAUGAGGAUCUUUUUGUGGGCGGUUAUCCGAACUACAGCAUGCUCGCUAAAACUGCUGGCCUCAAGACAGGGUUUGUCGGCUGUAUCAAGCAGCUGAUUAUUCAAGGUGAAGAGGUCAUUUUCAAGGACGUUGAUAAAAGUUCAACCGGAGUUUCGAAUUGUCCCACUUGCAAGGAUCGCCCAUGUCAGAAUGGUGGCGCAUGUGAGGACUCUGCUGCCAGUCUCUACAAAUGCAGUUGCCCAAGAGGAUUCACAGGGAGCAACUGUCAGCAUCACUCAUCCUUGCACUGUCACACAGAGGCCUGUGGACCAGAUGCCACCUGUAUUAACCGACCCAAUGGUUUGGGCUACGAUUGCCGCUGUCACUUGGGCAAGUCUGGAACCAAAUGCAUGGAUGGUACUCUGGUAACUACUCCAUUGUUUGACGGAGACGAGUCUUAUAUUGCGUAUCCUCCUCUUACAAAUAUUCAUAACGACCUCCGGAUUGAGAUGGAGUUCAAGCCCAUGGAUUCAGAAGGGCUGAUGUUCUUCAGCGGAGGCAAAAAGAUGAAAGUGGAGGACUUUGUGACGUUGUCCAUGGUGGACGGACAUGUCGAGUUCAGAUAUGAACUUGGAACAGGUCAGGCAGUUCUGCGCAGUCAGGAGCCCGUGUCUCUGGAUCAGUGGCAUCGCGUGGUGGCCGAGCGCCUCAAUAAGGACGGCUCCUUGAAGGUGGAUCACGCACGAGAAAUCACAAGAUCGUCUCCAGGCAAGGCCCAGGGCCUUAAUAUCCACACACCCAUGUAUCUGGGAGGAGUGCCCAGCAUGGACAUCUUGCCCAAACCUGCCAAUGUUAGCAUGCUGUUUGAUGGAUGCAUAGGAGAGGUCUUCAUCAAUGGAAAGAAGCUGGAUAUAUCAUACAGCUUCACUGAAAGCAGAGCCAUCAGCCAGUGUACAGAUGGCAGCCCAUGUGACCGCAGGCCUUGUCUGCACGGAGGCACCUGUAUGGCCAGUGCUGAGUACGAGUACCAGUGCCUCUGCACUGAAGGAUAUGACGGUGACCGUUGUGAAAUAGUGAGGUCGAGCUGUCGAGACGCCUCUCAGUGUCAGAACGGUGGCAGCUGUGUGAAUAGCCACUGUGUGUGUCCCGCCGGCUACACAGGCCGGCACUGUGAGAAAGGGCAGGAGUCCAGGUUCACCGAGGCGCUGUGGAAUUUGGAGGGUAGUGGGGGAAAUGACUCUCCUAUUGAAUAUUCUGCAUAUUUCCAUGAUAAUGGAUAUUUGGCCCUUCCAAAGCCCAUGUUCCCACGAAGUGCUCCUGACUCUCCAGAGACCAUUGAGUUAGAGAUCAACACUGUCUCUAGAGACGGCCUCAUCUUGUGGCAGGGAGUGGAGCCUGCAGGCGCUCUAAGCCUCCGUAAGAAGCAUGCUAGUAUAAAGGAACUGGGAGGUCAAGGAAAGGGGAAGGACUUCAUAAGUCUUGGUUUACAAAAUGGACAUCUUGUGUUCAGUUACCAGCUGGGCAGUGGAGAGGCUCAGAUUCUCUCCAGAGAGCCUGUCAACGAUGGACAGUGGCACAUGAUCACUGCAGUCCGAACGGGUAAGCAGGGCUACCUCCAGAUCGAUGGAGGAUCUGUCCAGCGUGGACAGUCGCAAGGCAAAAGCAUCAUGGUGAACACCAAGGGCAACAUAUACCUGGGUGGAGCUCCAGACAUGAAAGCAUUGACCGGUGGGAAGUACUCAUCAGGUAUCACAGGCUGCGUGAAGAAUCUCUCUCUGAUGAACGCUCGACCCGGAGAACAGCCAGCGCGACCUAUCGACCUGCAGGUCCACGCAGAGGAGGGCAUCAACGUGGAGCGCUGCUUAACAUAGACGCAGUCCUAAAACACUAGCAGAGACUACAGAAAAAUACCCCUCAUUCACAUUCUCACGAGACGCUUACAGGACAAACUACAGUCACACUUUAAGAGACACACACUGACACGUGUUUCUUGGUGCUUCACCGCAUCCCAAAAAUCACACACGAAAGGAUUCUUCUCUCUGUGCUGCGUUAAACCAAAAAAAACGAGAAAGAAAAAUUGAUGCUAUUAACAAGUUUUCAUCUAUUCAGUGUUUUAUGCUCAAUGAAGGACUUAUUAACACAGAAGCUCAGUUUACAUGCUCCGAACAGUAGCUUUUUAGCCAUGAGAAAAAGAUGACAAAAAAGGUUUUAAAAAUGAACGUGAUGAGCCUUCUACGGUGGGUCAGAUCCUUUGAAAUCGGAGAGGUUUUUACAGCACUGAAUUUUUAUUUAUAAGCAUAUUAAUCUAUAUAUAUUAUAUUUGUGGGGGGAAAUGCAAGCUAACAAUAACCUGCUCAUUUGUUUUCCUAGCAGUGAUUCUAGGCUCUAAUAAUGCGUGUCUGAGGUUUAGUGCCCGAGCUGUGUUAAUACUUGAAGACUCCGCUGCCUUCUUUUAUUCUGUUUGAGGGCCGGUGGGGGCGAGCAUGAUUAGAUACCAUAAGGAAUGGCUCUCUGUGGGGUCACAGCACAGAAGACAUCAAGAAGCAUCUCAGGUGAAGAAUGUUGCUUAGAAAAAAAUAAUUGGGAGAUCGUAUAUAUAUAUGGUGUCAACUGCAUAUAUUUGAAAUGACAUGCCUUCCAUGCUUGGAAACAUUGCUGUGUCUGGUAAUAUAAAAAAAAAACAUGGUGCUAAAUUCAGACAUGACAAAGGCAACAAAACAAGCACAUAUUCAUAGUUCCAGUUUCUUGUCAUUUUUGCUUCUCCGAAUGGGUUGUAAGAAAUAAAUCCGCAGCUUUACAAUAAAAUCAAACACUGUUUACUGAGUACAGUCACUCAAGCCAAAGUAUUGAGACUGAAGUUCAUUUUAGAUUAAAAAAGUGGAUGUGUUAUCUCUAAAUAGUGACAUAUUUUGACAUUCUGUCGUGUUUUUGUUUGAUGACAGAAUUAGAAUGAUUCAAAUCCUCAUAGGGGAUGACAGAUGUUACAGAAAAUCACACUGCAGCAGUUUUAAAUGUUUCGAAAGUCUUUUUCUUUUUACAGUCUUAUCUAUUUCUCACUGUUUUGCUGUUAACAACCACGCUGACAUAUUAUUUUUGCAUGAUCGAUUUGUAUUGAGGUGUCUUUCCAUUACAUUCAUAUUCUUUAGGAGUCUUACAGAGUACAUUGAACAAAAGAGGUCCUCCGGAGGGUUAAUGGAGAUCUUGAGACAUCUACAGCAAACCAUGCAGGUUCAUUAUCUCAGUCAGAAUGUACAGGAAGAGAUUCUUUCUGCUUGUUCUCAUUGCAUAGAGAAAUGAAUGUGAGAAGAGACAGAAUAGUGGAAAUACUGCCUAGUGAAACCCUUCUUUUAUUAGUGCUGUGACUUGGAGCUCUAAUGAACAUGCUCGCCCACAUGGGCCAGACAGGGGUCAAAGGUCACUUUGGCCCCCUUGUGUCUUUUUCACUGUUUUAUAUGACUGAGGCUUGUCUGUUAAUUUUCUUUUAAAAAAGGAGCAUUACUGCUUAAUUAAAGUUGCUUUACUUUUAUUAUUAUUG